AAGCUAUAUAUUUGUUUGGCACUUAGUGAAAGAACAAGAGAGAAACACAACUGCUAUCACAUCUGUUGAUCUACUGCCAAACUAACCCUCAUAGUAAUUGUAAGUAUAAUAUAGUAAGUGAUCUCCAGUGACUACUUAAAUCAACCACUUAAGGGAUUAUAUUUUAGGACAUUAGGGAAACGAGAUUCUGGCUAAAUCAGAUCCAUAAUCUCUUUGUGCUUCACAGCUGCUCGGGAACCAGUAGGAGUGAGUUGUUGGGAAGUGACAUCAUAAAAUUACCCCCACAGGCUGUGUUGACUCCAUUUCCAAUGAACAUUGUGUAGUCAAACUUUAUAUUGUCAAAUUGUGUGUAUAGUCUCUUGAUCUACACUGUCUAGCAACAUAUUUUCUUCUUCUAACAAAAGUUCCAAGGGAAGACUAAAUAUUUAGUUAAAUGCAAAAACCCACAUGCUUUCCUAUCUUUGAAAUUGGUCAUUUAUGAGCCAACCCCAAGUCAUUAAAAAGUACUAUUUACUUCAGGGAAGUUGAUUUCAGAUCUACUACUAUCAAAACAUCACUUUAAAAUGCCACUAAUAGACACUUGCCAAAAAGCCCAGUUAACUAAAAGUAUAACAAAGGAAACUUUUGGGUCUUGCAAAAAGGAUUUCCAUAUGAGGACUGGAAAGUCUGCAGAACUACUGGGACAAUCUGUGCUGGAGUUAAACAAGCAAGUUUAAUCAGGACCUGUCCCAGACUACAGAUUGUCGACAAGUGCAAAUUACACCAUGCUUAUCCACUCAUAUUCCACUCUACAAUGAGUCUGCAAGAGACCUUGUCAGGCAACUAUUAUACUGCUUAAAGACCAUUGAUAGGCUUUGGCAGCUUCAUUUGUUGCUUAUUGCUAAGAAUGGGAUUAAAUGUCCAAAAACAAGAGGAGUAUAAGGUUAAGAAGCGUCAGAGAAUUGAGUCACUGUUUACACUGGACUGUCUUAAAGCAAAUUCAACCAUCCAAUCUGUAACCGUUUCCUAGCAAGUGAUUUCAACAACGAGGGAGUUUUCUCAUAAUUGUGCCUCUUCUCGGAAGAUAAGUUCUCUAGUUGUGCAAGACUAAGAUUAUUGUGAUGCUUAUGUGAAUUAGCUGGUGGUCUGGCACUGUUUCUAAGCCACUGCUGUUUUCUGAUCAACUGCAGUCUAUGCAUUUAAGACGUUUACCCACAUUUGAAAACUAAAGGCACAGAUUGUUUUCCCUGUGCUUGACCCCACUGUACACAAUGGAGUGUCACAAAGGAAUGUGAUUCGUAACGGUGUUCUCUGUCAACAGCACAGUUACUGUGUUUGAUUAACCGUCAGCCUGCAAAACAGAGCAUGUUUGACAGUCGUUACACUAGAAAAGGCCUUCGGGUCAUUUGGGUGGGAACAAAUUCUUUCAGCUGUAACAAUUGUGCUAUAAAGUGGCCUCAUAGGGCAAUUCAGCAUAGCAGACCCUCCAAUUCCUGGAGAUCCUUUGGAUUGUAUUUCAUCAUUUUGCAACAGAGGACUUGGUAUCCUUCUCCUGCAGGAUAUGAUUUUACCUUGUCACAGUUGAGCAAGCUCAUUGUAAUGUCCUAACUUAUCUGUCACAGGAGAGGGCACUGCAUCUGCGAGUCCUCAUUGUUAUCAGCGGUGGCUUCCUGGUAUGCGUAAUGACUGUUUGCAGGCUGGGUCUGGGGGGGUUGGCUACUCUGCAGAGCAGUUCUGCUGACUGCAGUAGAGAGGAACUACCUCAGUGCGUCAGCACUCUGAAAUGAGUGAAGAAAAACCGAAUCAAUCAGAGUGACUGCGGAGAGAGAGGGAGAGAAGACUACACAUUCUAAUCCUGAUCUUUUGUGUAGCCGUCCUUACAUGUGCUAGUGGCCGGGAGCACACGCUCCUUAAGAUGUGAAGUACCCCCCAACGCCCCCGGUGCUAUAAAUCAAGAUGACCUUCCUUCUUUUUUUCCUCUUGGUCCUCUCUAAGAGCCGAGCUGACAGCUUUGAAGAUGCAUACAGUGACCUGGAACACUACAGGACUAUAUACAUCUCAGAAAAUGGCCCCAGACUCUCAGUUGACACAGCACAACCUAAAGUAAUCUCUCAACGUGGUGGCAAUGCCACCCUGCAGUGCACGUUCAACCGGGAUCCCUCAUCUCCCCCAAAUCCCAAACUGAGGAUUAAAUGGACUAAACUGACUUCAGAUUAUCUGAAGGAAAUUGAUGUGUUUGUAGCUAUGGGUUUCCACAAAAAGAGCUACGGUCGAUUCCAUGGCCGUGUACAUCUGCAGGAUGCUGGCAAGAAUGAUGCUUCACUAGUUAUCACUGACAUCACUCUGGAGGAUUAUGGGAAAUAUAAGUGUGAAAUCAUUGAUGGCUUGGAGGAUGAUACAGUAGUUGUGUCACUUGACCUGCAAGGCAUUAUUUUCCCAUAUUUUCCUCGACUGGGUCGUUACAACCUGAACUUCGCUGAUGCUGAGAAAGCUUGCCGAGACCAGGAUGCCAUUGUGGCAUCUUUUGACCAGCUGUACGAUGCAUGGAGAGAUGGGUUGGAUUGGUGCAAUGCAGGGUGGCUCAGUGAUGGAUCGGUGCAAUAUCCCAUCACCAAACCCAGAGAGCCAUGUGGAGGCAAAAACACCAUUCCAGGUGUGAGGAAUUAUGGGAUGCGUGACAAGCAAAAGGAAAGAUAUGAUGUCUUCUGUUUCACCUCUAACCACAAAGGACGUUUUUAUUAUUUGAUACACCCUUUCAAACUUAAGUAUGAUGAGGCAGUGCGGGCAUGUCAAAAGGAUGGUGCUCAGAUUGCCAAAGUCGGGCAGAUGUACGCAGCGUGGAAGCUGCUGGGCUAUGACCGCUGUGACGCAGGCUGGCUGGCAGACGGCAGUGUACGCUACCCAAUCUCAAGACCACGCAGACGCUGCAGUCCCACGGAGGCUGCUGUCCGCUUCUCUGGAUUCCCAGACAAGAAGCACAAACUCUACGGCGUCUACUGCUACAAGAGUGACAACUGAGUGUACCAACUGUAUAACUCAAGAACUAAGCGUAAUAAUGUAAGGAGUUCGUUUGAGUGCAUUAAAACUGUGACAAAGCCUCUAGAUACUGUAAUACAGAAGGAUUUGAAUAUAAAAUAAGUGACUGGCAAUUGUUUGAAGCAAAGAUUCUGUAGGAUUAGGCACCGCAGGUGCCCUCUUCCUUCAAAAUCAGGACUUUGCUACAAGACAGCAACAGGACAGGAAUAGUAUAUAUUGGGUCGGCAGAAAUUAUAGCUACUGGUUCCAGGUCUGAAUGAUCCUAUACAGUACAGCAGUGCUGAAGGAAGAGAUGUUUGGUGAGAAUGAGGAAGAAAUUCACACUGUGCUCUUCCAUUUAGCAUGCAGUAGUUUGACGGAUGUUUUAGAACAGAAUGACAGCAAAACUUAAAUACUUUGAACUGAUACCUAUGGGCACUUAGUUUAUCAUUCAAGAACAUCAUAUUCCAUAUAAAUAGCAUGUGUAAAUAUAUUUUCUGCUAACAGGAAAACAAAUUCAACGGAAGUGCUAAACACCAUACAGUACAGCCAUGGCACAAUGAACAAUUUUUUCUUUUGCCAUCCUUACAGGGUGCUAUAUUGUAUUAUUUUCUCAAAGCAUACCUUUUAAUAUUUAGUUUUAUGUGUGGACCAAAUCCAAAUGUUGAGUCAUAAGUUGCAUUGCUAAAAAACAAAACAUUGUUCUGUGAUUUUUUUUUAACUAUUGAAAUAUACAAGUAGAGUGUUUAUAAAUGUAUGUUAAUUAUCUUGAAAUUAUGCAUUUAUAAAAUGCCUCCCCUACAAUGCAAUGUAAGAAAUUAAGAGCUCCAUUGUAUCGACCUCAUCACUGUCAAACAUUAUGUGCAUUCAGGACAAUGACGAAUUCUGUUGGUCAUUCCACAGACAUAAUAACAAAACCAUUGUGUUUGUUUUCUAGAUUUUGUUUUUAGUAUUUCUGAUCAAUUCAUGAAACCACAGAAAACCGAAUCCACAAACACAGCCCAUUGCAAUGGUGCCAAAUGAGUAGUUUUGGUCUAUGCAUGUUACUGUUUACAAAUAGCCAGAUUGAAGUGAUAAAAAAGACAACAGUGCUAAUAAUCACUUUGUGUUAGUUAGUAAGAGAAAAACAGCAUAAUGAACUUAAUUUUCUAUUGUUGAAAAAAAAAGACGCAAGAAAAUAAUGGCACAACAAAAAAGUGCAUAGUUAGCAUGCUGCAUUCAGUUGUUAUUAAUCUAUGAAGCAGUAGUCCUUCAGAAGAACAUGUCAAAGCCAUGGCAUUUGGAAAUUAACCCUUAAAACAGACUGCCAAGCGAAGACAAAAACAACUUGAUGUUUUAUUCUUAUUAUUACCAUUAUAGCCUCAACAUAGCCAAUUUAGAACUCAAGGUUAUGCGUUUCAGCCACUACACUAAAUGACAAGAUCCACGGGGGGGAAAAAAGGAAAAAUAAAGUUGUGUUGUGUAAGUGUCGUUUCAAAAUAUUGUAUUCACGUUCAUUUCAUCAUUCAUGUUGUUUGGACUCUGGCAACUGUAGGUGUGCCUUGUUUACAAAUCUUCAAAAUCAGUUUUAGAACUGAAUGUUUAGACAUGUCUUUAUUGACAAUGUUAACUUUUUUUCUCUUGUUUCAUGUACAUAAAGUAUAAUUAAAGGGAUAAUUUGACUGUAUCAAUGUGGAAACCCCCCUUGACCCAAAAAAAUAAACAAUCAGUCAAAUACA